UUAAUAUCCUGUAGAAAUGCGAAUUCAUUCCAGCGCAUUGUAUAGCCGCGUUGCCUCAAGCGUUGUCUAGCAUAAACGCGCGACAGUUACAGCUUCCCGAAGCUUGGUCACCAGCACCCAACUGCAAUCCCUCCAGCGAGUCAUAUUGAGAACAGCGAGAACCAAACACCAUGGCCCCGGGAGCGGCAUAUACAGACCAUCAAUUCAGGUCAAAUGCCCAUACCGGGCCAAGAGCAACUCCAACCAUACCUAAAGGCGGCGUAUUUUCAGUCUACGCGGAAAUUGGCAUCCCAACUCCACCACAAUAUCCAUACGAGGCACUUCUAGACAUUCGAACAUGGCGAGAAUGGAAUUCAUUCAACCCAGACGUGAUCGUCACGAAGCACUCCAACCCACACAGUCGCGACAUUCGCAUGGAGCAAGGCUGCUUCAUGACCGUCUCCUACCAAAUCACAUCAGAUGUUCGAAAGGAGACCAAGUCAGUGUGCAGGCAUUUGGAGCCACUGAAGCAUAAAGACGAUGGUAAAGAGUCGCAUAGCAUGGGUGGAAACGUGACGCGAAUACGCUGGACGUCCGACAACGCAAAUCUCUUGACACCAGCUUUCGUCUUGAAGACAGAACGCGUGAAUGAGAUUGAGGAGACCUCGGACGGUCACUGCAAAUACAGAACCUGGUUGACGUUUGACGGCUUCAGCGCGAAGACUAUGAAGAAGAAAUAUGAGAAAGCACUCGCGGCACCCGGAUCCGCGGAAGAUGAGUGUCUCGAUGCCGCGCAAGUCUACCCAGCAAGCACGUUCGUCGAUGCAGCAGCCCCGAGUAUCGAUGCAGAAGCCAGAAGGAGAACAGUUGCAGCAUUUCCAGACAUCUGCUCCGACACGAUGAAGAGCGCGUGGCAGCCAGAGGUCUACAACUUUGGUAAAGACGACUUUCGCACGUCUUUGUUCGUGGCCGGCUUGUUGGAUGCGGAUAUGUUUACCGCGUCGGCUCUGUAUCUGACCCUUUGCAACGCAUGAUGGCAGGACCUUCCGAAGUGCUCAUGGGUCCUUCUCUAGUCUUGUGGUGGUUCUGGUGUCCCUGUUGAUAUAUCCCAAUGCUUUGUGCCGUCGGGUCUCCCCUUUUAGCACAUUUGAGUCCGGAACUAUGUUCGAAAUAUACUGUAAUGGAUUCAUAAUCUUACUCUUCGCUUCAGUCCGCAGCAUCGCCCUCUUCAACUCGUAUGCUUCCCUUUGGAGGAAACUUGCAGAAGCAGAAUAUCACAAACGCCAACAGAGCCACAGCGCCAUUGACUGCGAAUGUUAAGGAAGGCUGCCCGAUUGAUGCAAAGGCCGAGAAGACGAAUCCAAAAAGCCCCGUCGUCGCCAAUCUCGCUACCAUCUCAACAAGGCUGAUGGCACUGAGAGCAUCAGCGCGCUGCGAUGGGGAGCACAUCUGCAAG